AUGAUUACAACACCUUUAAAACAUCCAAGAAUUCAUUUGUCUUCAGAGACCUCUUCUCAAAAAAGAAAUAUGUCCAUGGAUGCAAUCUUUUUUGACAACAUUCCUUCAGGCACACUUACUCCUAUAAAAGAUUUGGUCAAAUAUCAGAAUUCCUCUUUAAAAUCUAAUGACCACAAAAAGAAUCAGUCUUUAGAAAUGACAACUCCUAAGAAUAAAAACAUAUUUCAAUCUACCAUGCUAACAGAGGUUACUACAUCUAACAGUUGUCUUGAUAUCAGUGCUAUCAAGUCCAACAUGGAUGCAUUAAAAAGUAAAGCAAACUAUGAAUCACCAGGAAAAAUAUUUCAAAGAAUGAAAGAAAAAGUACUGCGUGAUAAGCAAGAACAAGCAUCAAGAAACAAUAGUUUGUUGGAACCACCGAAAAGUGAAAAUCAUAAAAUCUUUACUCCUAACAAAAAUGAGAAAAAACUAUUGCAGCAUACCUGCUUCUAUGAAGAAAAGGAAAACAACUCAUUCUUAUCAGAUAACAAUUCACUAAGAGCCUCAGUUCAAGAAGUUCCUCUAGAAUCAUCAAAUAUUCUUCCCAUUAAACAAAAGAUUCAAGAACAGAAGGAAAAGAAAGCACAACUGCACAAUUUAACUUAUGAACUUCCAGUUCUAAACCAAGAAAAUGUUUCAGUUGCAGAAGUAUCAAAUAAGGCAUUAAUUAGAGCUCAACUAACUAAACAAAUUCUGCACUCAAAAGAGAAUACAACUGGAACCACCAAUUCCGAAAAGGACACGUUUGUUUUAGAAGGCAAUGAUUCUGCUUAUGAAAAAUUCCAAGAUACUAAUGUUGAGAUUCUUAAUACUAAUUGUGUUCCUAUUAAAAAUGGUAAUCAAUUAAUGGUUUCUGAUAGUGAAGUGAUAAAAGAUGGGACUUCACAAGAAGAAAUUAAGGAACAAAAUGAAAAGUCAAUAUCUAUAAUGACUUGCCUUCCAGGUUCCAUGAAUGAUACAUGUAAAAUUAUACUUGCAAGUCCAAGAUUACAUGUAACACUACCUCGGAAUUCAAAAAGAAAUAUUUCAAAGCUUUCUYCUCAAAGUGUAAUUCAAACUAUUACAAAUGAAGUUAAAAAAAAAAGUCAGGUAAUCCAGCUUCAAGAAUGGAUGAUUAAAGUCAUCAAUAAUAAUACUGCUAUAUGUGUAGAAGGAAAACUGAUAGACAUGACUAACAUAUAUUGGCACAGUAAUGUAAUUAUAGAGCGGAUUAAGCACAAUGAACUUAGGACUGUAUCAGGCAACAUUUAUAUAUUAAAAGGAUUGAUAGACAAGAUUUCCAUGAAAGAAGAAGGAUAUCCAUAUUAUCUCAUAAGGAAAUUUAUGUUUGGAUUUCCAGAAAAUUGGAAAGAAUACAUUGAUAAUUUUCUAGAGCAAUUAAGGGCUAAUGAAAAGAACAGGGAAGAGGCCAGAGAAGAACAGAAAACUGCAGGGUUUGACUCUGACAUACGAAAAUCAAAGAAAAAUGAUGCAGAAGAAAACCAAACAUAUGUCGUCCAAAAGGCCAACACCACUUAUGACCUUGAUUGUGAUAAUUUGGAAAUGAAGAAUAUUAAGUGUAGUGGAUUGCCAGGACCUACAGAAAUAAACAAUGGCUAUAAUAAUUGUCAAAAUAAACCACCAAUUGACCAAGUAAAUAAUACUAGUCAAAAUACAGGAGGAUCUUACUUUUCUAAGCAGGAAUUGAUUGGAAAUAAAGAAUAUAAAAAAUUGUCUUCAAAGAAACAUAAAAAUUGUGAAGAGAUAAAUAAAAGGAUAAUUAAAAAUCAGAAGCACGAGAGAACUGAAGAAUUGGAUGUACCCAUUGAUAUUCUAACCUCAAGAGAACAGUUUUUCUUAGAUAAAGAAAGAAAAUCCAUGGCUGUCAAGCAGAAGAAAGCUUAUGUUUUAGUAACACCACUGAAAACUAAAACAUUGAUAAAGCAAAGAUGCAUGAAGUAUAAUCUGUCCUUUGGAACCAUUAAAGCAAUAACAAAUUCUGCAGUGCCAAAGCAUCAAGAAGAAACUUACAAAUCAGACUUAAACAAAACUGUAAGUCCCAUGAGUAUAUCCACUGAGACUCUGGAAAAUACAUUUGAGUGUAGUGAGCGUCAUAAUAGUGAAAACAAGGAAAAUUGUGAUGAAUGUCUUUUACUCACUGUCAACCAGAAAAUAAAAACGCCUAGCCCUAAAAAUGAACAAAUGGUCAYCUAUGACUUUAAGAAAAAUGCCGGGUCACUAUCAAAAUUGAAGAAAACUGAAAAUCAAGAAGCUAUGUGUUUUUACAAUCAUCAGUCAUCACUAAAUUUGUCAAGUGAAGAGAGUAAAAUAAAAAAGGAAAUUAGAAGGAAAGUAGAGGUCGAGAAAACCAGAGCAAGAAAUACCAAAGAAACAAUGGUUCAGCUGAGAAAAAGCACAAGAAAUUCCACAAGGACUAUCUCAGUGAUUUCAGAAUCUGAAACUGAGGAAAGUGAAAAUGAAUUUCAUAUUAAACAAAAGAAAGCUAGAUCUUCUGCUAAAGAAACUCUUCUGAAAUCCGGUGUUAGGAAUAAGCUUCCAAUUAUUGAGGGAAUGGGAUCCGAUGAAACUAACAGGCAUCCCUUAGAAUGUUUACCUUCAUUAAUUCAGGAUGAUGAAUGGAAUGAAAAGGAAUCAGAGAAACUUCAUUGUGCUUUUGCAUCUCUACCAAAGUACAAACCUGGUUUCUGGUCAGAUGUAGCUAAGGCAGUAGGUUCUCGAACUGCUAAGGAAUGCCAGAAGAAAUACCUGGAAGAUCCUCGAGGAAAAGGACCCCAGAAACAUGUGAUUAAGAAAAAGCAAGCCAAUCCCAAAGGUCAAAAUGGUGAGAGAAAGAAUGAUAAAAAGCAGAAUAUUAAGAUAACUGCCAAAGUGGGAACUCUUAAAAGGAAACAACAAAUGAGGGAUUUUCUGGAACAGUUGCCAAAAGAUGACCAUGACGAUUUUUUCAGUACAACACCUUUACAAAAUCAAAAAAGAGUAUUGUUACCAAGUUUCCAGGACAGUCAAGAUGCUGAUGAUAUUCUGCCAAAUAUGGACAGAAAUCCAACAACUCCAUCAUCUGUUAUCUUUCCACUGGCAGAAACUCCUCAGUGUCGGCAUGUCACUCCUGGCAUGCUGAACUCUAUAAACAGGAAGGAUUGUGAUAAGUAUGUUUAUCGUAUGCAAAAAAAUCAUAAAAGUAAUGGUGGCAUUGUCUGGGGCAAUGUUAAGAAAAAAAGGGUUGAAACUAAUUUCUCAACUCCAACAUCAAGAAAAACCCUGUUUAACCAAGACUUAGGAGACACAUCUGGUAUUGGAAAACUUUUAACUAAUGCUAUGGAACCUUCAGAUGAAGAAGAGAAAGAUGAUUAUUUUUCAAAUUCUGAUUCUGAAUAGUAAAAAUGAGAAUGAUUUAAUGAUUUUUAUCAUAAAGCAGACAGUAUAUUUGUAUCUCCAUUGGGUGAAUAAGCAUUUUUUCAUAAUGUAGCUUCAUAUGAAACUAUGGAUUUUUUUCCUCAAAGGUUUCAUGUUUGUAUUAAAAUAUCCUGUCGAAUAUUCCUCAUUG